CACAUGGGCAUUGGGCGGGGCCUAGGAGAUCCAGGGCCUCAGGGUGGACGCGCAGGUUCCGCCUGGAAGCCACCGUCAUGGUGGCUCCCGUGGUGUAUUUGGUGGUGGCGGCUCUGCUCGUUGGCUUUAUCCUCUUCUUGACCCGCAGGCGGGGCCGGGCAGCAGCAGCUGGCCGAGAGCCAUUGAACAAUGAGGAGGAGCUGGGAGUAGCAGGCCGAGUGGCCCAGCCUGAGCUCGAUGAGCAGAGAGCCGGUGGCAGGCCUCGGCGUCGGAGGGAUCUGGGCAGCCGCCUGCAAGCCCAGCGUCGAGCCCAGCGGGUAGCUUGGGCAGAAGUGGAUGAGGAUGAAGAGGAAGUCAUCAUCCCAGCCCUGGAGGAAGAAAUCAUCGAGAAGCCAGUGGAAACUCACCUGUCGGGGAAAAUUGGAGCCAAAAAACUACGGAAGCUGGAGGAGAAACAAGCACGAAAAGCCCAGCGUGAGGCAGAGGAGGCGGAGCGGGAGGAGCGGAAACGCCUAGAGUCCCAGCGGGAGGCAGAGUGGAAGAAGGAGGAGGAGCGGCUUCGCCUGGAGGAGGAACAGAAGGAGGAGGAGGAGAGGAGGGCCCGAGAGGAGCAGGCCCAGCGGGAGCAUGAGGAGUAUCUGAAACUGAAGGAGUCCUUCGUGGUGGAGGAGGAGGGCGUGGGCGAGACCAUGACCGAGGAAGAGUCCCACAGCUUCCUGACCGAGUUCAUCAACUACAUUAAGCAGUCCAAGGUCGUGCUCUUGGAAGACCUGGCCUCCCAGGUGGGCCUGCGGACUCAGGAUACCAUAAACCGCAUCCAGGAUCUGCUGGCCGAGGGCACUCUGACAGGUGUGAUUGACGACCGGGGCAAGUUCAUCUACAUAACCCCGGAGGAACUGGCUGCCGUGGCUAACUUCAUCCGACAGCGGGGCCGGGUAUCCAUCACGGAGCUUGCCCAGGCCAGCAACUCCCUCAUCGCCUGGGGCCGGGAGCCCCCUGCCCAGGCCCCAGCCUGACUGAGCCCUUCCCUCUUGGACUCAGACCUGGCGUGCCCUACCUGGCCAUACGUCUUUAUCCCUCCCCACCGUCUUGGGGCAGUGAUGGAGUGUGGCCAGGCGGUUCUAGAUUAAAGGCCUAUGAGCACUGGUGA